AUGAAGCUUGACCUUAUGAAGACAAUUUAUGCUCGUGUUGUGUGGGAUGAAGGAGGUGACGUGUCGCUGGUCGAGUACCUCACAAUGUACCAUAAUUUGAUGCUUUUCUUUGGCAGCUUUGGUGGUUUUGCAAAUAUUCAGAGACAAAUGUUAAAUAAGCGUGUGAAGAAUUUAGAGUCGUAUAUGAUAGGAAGAGAGAGAGAUAACUAUCAGACACUAAGAAGAAUGAUUCUGUAUGAGGAGUCCAAGGGAACCAUUGGCUCGGUGAAUCCUUUCUCCGGAACUAUAUUAUUUACGUGUCUUGAGCGCCACCUUCAGUUCAUCACCUUGGCCCUGGUUAACACCCUCACUCUACAUCCACAACACACACUCCUCCACGCCUUCAAACCUGCCUACCUCAGUGUUCUUGCCAGACAUCACAAUUGGUUUAUGGAAAAGUUUUACCUCGUCGGCAUGACCUUAAUGCCCACUAAGGAGAAAGCGAUGUUUGCGGUCAUAGCGUCACAGAGGGAAGAGGUGUCCUUUGAUGACCUCAUGACUACUCUUCAACUCGCCGUCCGUCAACUGAACCAAGUGACUAAGGUGUGUGAACUUAUUCUCAACAAUAAUAAUGUCUUGAACAAGAUUCCCAGGGAGGUGGUUACGUAA